AUGGACGACUUCAAGCCCGAGCUGCUCAAGGCUCUCCUCGACUGGGUCAACACCUUCGACCUCCCCCACAGAAUCACCUCACUAAGCCAACUCGAAGACGGCCAAAUACUAUGGCAGAUCCUCGCCGACAUCGACGCCGACUACUUCAACGAGUCUCUACCCAAUUUCGAAGAAAAUCACCGCCGUCAAUCAGACAAUUGGAUACCGCGAUGGCAAAACCUCAAAUAUAUCGAACGCACAACCUCGACGUAUAUACGCGAAGAAUGCGAGCAGCUGCCCGUUCUCACCAAGCGCAUGAUACCAGAUCUAAAGGCAGGCGCGCGGGAUGGAUCGACAAUGCUGGUUGCAAAGCUUACCAUGGCCGUGCUACUGGCAGCAUGCUUCUCGCCGCGGAGCAACCAGCGGAUGCUACAAGUCAUGCCAAAGCUAGGCCAAAAGACGGCCGAGACCAUUGCCGAAGCCAUACAAGAGAUGCAGGCUUUGGAUCAGCGCAUGUCCGAACUAGGUGUCGACGCCGAGUUGACUUCAGAACCAAACCUCACAGGGUAUAGAACGCCCACACGAGCCAUGUCUGGCCAACCACCACCAUCUGGAAACGAAUUGGAGCAGGAGGCACAGCUGUUCGAGGCAAACAAAGAUAGGCAAGCGCUCAAGGCGCAAGUUGGAAAGCUACUCGAGGAGCUAAAGAUCUCACGGGAACGAAUAGAAAAGCUAGAGGAGGAAGUCGCUGAAGCAACAGCGUAUCUAGACGUUCGGGCCGGCCAGGCACAACGAGCUCAAUCGGACGAUGUCGAAAACUUACGAAACGACUUGCUGCGCGACAGACAGUACAUUGAUCAGCUCGAGCAAGACCUUGCCCACACGCGAGAUAUCAUGGAAAGCCAGAAGCGACGUCUCGAUCGAUUAGAGGGCGAGGAAGGAUCCAAGCAGGACCUGCGUGAUCAGCUACAAGUAGUCAAGGCGGAGCGUGACGAGCUGAGUCAGAAGGCCAAGGCCAACGAGAACCUGAAGAAGAAGAUUGAGUCUCUCACCAAAGAAACCAAGCAACUGGAGACGCUUCGAGAAGACUACCAACAGGCUCGUGAACGAUUAGCACAGCUGGAGAGCGUCGAGGAGCGCAACGACAUUUUGCAGAACAUCAUCAAAGAGAACGGCCAGACGCUUGCCAAUGGCGAGCAAGCCAUCUUUGAGGAGAAGGGCAAGCGCACACGAGUCGAGCAUGAGAAUCUGCUACUCAUGAAGCAAUUAGAACAGACUCGCGAACUACAGUACAAAGCAGAAGACGCCAAACAAGAGCUCGAAGAACGGAUACGAGAGCUAGAAUCAUCAAACCACGCCGACCGUGGUGAUAGCCUGGAAGAUGAGCUCAUACAAGACGCCGAUCAAGAUGAGGUGAAGCCCGUAUCCGAUGGACGAGUGAGCGCAGAUGCGAUUGCCCUGCAACAAAGGGUGGACAUCCUGAACGCCCGCUUGAAGUCACUAGAAAGCGAGACACUCAAGCAGAUGCAAGAGAACUUGGGCUUACGGUCUGACAUGAUGGCGGAGAAGGAUGAAAACAGUCAAAAGCCCUUCUUAGAGCAGAACGAGAAGCUAACCACUGCUCAAACUGAGUUGGAAGACCUUCGUCGCCGGUUACGCGAGCAAGAUUUACAGAUGGCAGAACUCCGCAAUGAGCUCAACAGGAAAUCUGACAUCGACGACGAUACGCGGUCAGCUGCUGUCCAGAAGGAACACGAGCGUCUGCUGGUACUGCAAGAAAGAACGAACGACAGACUACGAGAGCUCGAACUUGCAAACGCGGAGAAGUCAGGUCUGUUACGAGCAGCGUUGCUCGACCGCCAAAACCUUCCGCCGGAGCUUCUCGAACUUAAGAGGGUCGAGACCAUACGGCAGAUGCGCGAACGGAUCGAAUCUGUCAUUAAAGCACCAGCAGAAGUACAACCACAGGCACUAGAUACCACGAGCACGGAGAUCGCGGAGACUGUACUGUCCUCCGAAGCCGCUCUAGAAAAGGCAAAGAAGGACCUCCAAGACCAACUCACCACCUCCAGUACCCUCCGCGAGCAGCUCGAACUCGCGCGGAAGGAGACUUCAGAGAAGGGCUCGACUCGGUUAUUGCAUUUCCAAAAACAAAUUGCCAACAAACAAACACAGGUCGAACUGCAACAAGAAGUCGAAAACCUGCGACGCGAAAACGCUCUCGUCAAGAGCAUGUGGUAUGACAUGAAUCAGCGUCUGCUUAGCAAUACCGUUAUUCUGCAAAGACGCAGCGAAGCUCCCAAGGGCUGGCUCGGAAAACAAAGAGCUGUUGUUGGUGGCGGAAGCGUCUUAGUACGUUAG